AUGGCCUUUUCUACUAAGUCAUUCAUAGCACGAAGAAGAACCCUCAAACUUCCAGAGCUUUCAGAGUCUGACGCUGCCUGGAGAGUUUUCAAUUCCAUGGACCCUAAGAAUUUAGCUAAUUUUCUUCCUAUUGCCCGAGUAUUUGAUAGAGAUUUGGCAUCUCAUGACUGUGAAGAAUUUAUUUGUCCAAAACAGCUUGUAUCUGCAUUAGUUUCAGCAAUCUCUGAAUGUAUUUCGAAUUGUUCCAAGCGACUUCAAUCACAAUGUAUCAUUUUCUCAUAUGAAAAUCUUUUUAUUAUAUAGAAGGCUGAGGCAAUUUUCUAUUAAAAUUUUUUUUAUAAAAAUCCAUUUAAUUUUAUAUAAAAUCCUAAUAUAAAAAUGAUCCUAAAACCAAUCACAAACCUCAAAUGAUACUCGAGCAAAUGACUGAAAAAUCAUCUUUCGUGAAACAAUUGCCAAUUUAUCUCCUCUUAUGAGAAUCUUUCAGUACAUUCUUCUGCGCAACGACGGGAGCAUCAAAAUCGAUAAUGAAAUUAUGGAAGAAAUGAUCGUCUUUUUGCAGAGACUUAAAGCGUAUUCUGAUGAUGCAGAUUUAGAAUUAAACAAUAUGAUUUUAAGGCUUUAUUUUGCGUUUUCAGAAGUGAUUUAUUUGUAUGCGGUUUGUAAGAGGAAAAAGCAUGGAGAUAGCGAAGCGAAAUUGUUUAAUAGGAUUUAUAUCUUUUAAGUAGAAAUAGUUAUUUAAAAUAAUAGAAAUGGAUAAGCUUAAAUCAGUCAAAAAGGAAUACCAAACUUUUGAAACCUUACUUAUGGAGCUAAUUACGGACCCACAUCUACGAUAUUUUGCUUUAGAGCCUGCAGAGGCAGAUGGGAGAGAACUUAAAUAUAGCAACAAAUUUAAAUUAGAGUCCCAAUAUGUUGAUUUGGUCCUUUAUCAUAUUUUUUCUUUAAAUCAACUAUGCAAGAUGUCGCCUUCUUCGGCUGUGACUAAUUCAGCUGCAGAAAUUUUACCAAAAAUCUUAGAAUUUUUACUAACAAUUGACGAAUUCAUAAAAAUUCAAAAUUCGCCCAAAACAGACCUUGCGAUCCAAAAAUCAAUUGCAGUCCUCAGCUUUUUAAACUCCAUCUGCAACUUGACAGCCAGACAAGAACAAGGGAAUAUUUUUUUGCGAAACCACAACGACAAGCUGAAAAGGAUUUAUUUUUACUGCGUUCAUAACUAUUUGAAAUAUUUUUACUCUUCUUCAGCUUCCCAUUUUGAUAUAGAAGAAGGGCUUAUAGGUCUUCUUUAUAAGCUGCUUUUCGAUGUUUUACCAUCAAAUAUCAUAAAUACAGAUUUAGAAGGCCUCCCUGUGAUUUUAUUUUCAAUUUUAGUACAAAAAGACAUUUCAGACGAGCUAGUCCAUCAUCCUCCACAAAUCCAAGCCUAUACAUUGCAAUUUUUAGAAAAAUACAUAUCAAUGAUAGGGAGAAAAAGAACUGAGUCAAAAAAUUUUAAUAUGAAAGAAUUUGGGCUGAUUGGGUUGCUAUUUUCUCAGCCGUUUUUUGAAAUUGAACAGUCAAGAAACGACGAUGAUUUAGAUUUUGCUUUUGUGGCAGCUGAAAGCUGGGAGCAGCUAUGGAAAUUUGUAUCAGGGAUUCCUAUGCAUUUAUAUCAAUUCUAUAUGAAUAAUCAGCUUACUUUUGCAGAAAAAGCUUUAUUUUUUUUAUGAAAAAUAGAUAAAAACUAGUAAACAGAUUUCGUUUUUAUUUAUCAAAAAAAUAGAUUUAGUCUCCAAUUCUAUUGUCCAUCAAAUCAAAAUUAACCAUGAAGAUUUUAGUUAUUUACUAAAAAUGAACAGAUGGAUACAAGAACAAUUCGAAAUUAACCAAGAUUUAACUGAAUCCUGCUUACGAAAUGGCCUAAUUGAAGGCAUUUUCAACGUAAUCAUCAGCAUAAAGCGCUCCAAUGAAAAUCUCGACCACUUAACUACAUUUUUUAUAAUGAUAAAAGCUAUGCUUGAGCUCUAUGACGUCUCACAAUUCACUGACACAGUCGCCCUGCUCAGCUUAAUGAUGCAAGAAAACCUUCUUUUUGACCCUCUGACGUCAGAUUUAUGCUUAAUCUGUAUAGCUCGCAUUCUCAGAUACCAAAAUAAAUCCAGCUAUCAAAAAUUCCAAACAAUUUUGAGAGAAGUCACAGACCUUUCUAUCAAUAUAAACCUAUUAAAUGCAAUGCAAGAAGCCUUAAAAGAGUCCUCCACAAAGCGGCACUGCCAAGAACGAUUUGUAGCUGCUGGGGCUUUAAGUACUUUAAAAGACAAAUUAACAUGCCAAUACACUAAUUACUCAAAGGAUCAAAUUAUAGGACUCUGGGCAAGUGUACUUGAAUGUGUAAGGUUUUUAAUUGAGGACAACCCAACCUGCAAAAAACGGUUGCAUUCAUUUUUUCUGCAUUUUUAAGAAUAAUUUUAGAAAUUCAUAGUAAAAUUCCAAUUUUUGGUAAAAAAAUUAGGCAUUUUGUCAAAAGUCUCCACCACAAAAAACAAAUCCAUAAAUUUGAUUUUAGUGCCAUAGCGAAUACUAUAAGAUCAUCCUCAUACGAAAGCUUAAAAAGUGAUAUUUAUAUGAAAUCUAUAGAAUCACUGCUUUAUAUUCUGUUUGAGACUAAUAACUUAGGCCAAAAAGAGCCUUUAAAUGUAAAAACGCCUGAGGUAAUUCCAUUGAUAAUUGAGCUGCUUACAGAUUCCAAUAGUAAUGAAUUUUACAGUUAUAUAAAAAAUUCAGUUGAAGACGAAAUAAAUGCAGCACAUUUUGCGAGCAGAAGGACAACAGAUUUAUUGCUAGACGCUUUAUGUAAACACUGCUCACAGCAUUUAUUGGAGUUUAUAGAGACCAUGCUUUCCAAAGUAAUUUGCCACCACAUCACGCCUCAAGAGCUGAAAAAAAUAAUUGAUAUUGCCAGAGCUACAGGCUAUGACCAUGAAAAGCAGCUAGUGCUCUACCGAGGGUUAUCAGAGGCAAUCCACUACUCAUUUUGUGACAUCGACCACAUAAAAUUCGAAAAAACCCACAAAGGACUGUCCCCGACACGAUUUUUUUGCUUUAGAUACCCUAGAAGUUUUUUACGUUGCAGUAACAAUGAAGAUUUUUCUUUUAUUCCAAAAAAAGAAUUUACGAUUUUUACAUGAAUUUAUACCUUUCCCUAAUAAUUUUCCUAUGAAAAUAUAAUAUAAUUUUGCCAAUAAUUAUCAUUGUAAAUAGGCUUAUCCAGAAACUGAUGAUAACUGCUGCUUGAUGGAAUUUACUGAUAGAAAAAAUUGCAGCUUGGUUGUAAGUUUGGUAAAAAGAAAUUUUACAAGUUUAAGUGUGGAGUAUUUUGAAGGAAAAAGCGUUUACAAAGUGUGGAGCUCCAAACCUAUCGCCAUAAAACAAUGGAACUUAAUUGGGAUCACGCUAAAUAAAGUCGCGAAAUUUAUGAAUACCUCAAUUAUGGGCUUUAAAUGUGAAAUAAAUAUUUUUGUUAACAAUGAAUUCAGUGAAAAAACCUCAGAAGGCAGCGUUUGUCCUCCAAAGGAAUCUUUAACUCAGCUUACCCUUGGCAACAAUUCAGACCUUAGAGCGCCAUUUUAUGGUCGUAUGACUUCUAUAUAUGUCGGUAAUAAAUCUUUUCUGGCCCAUCAUUAUGUCCAAAUCUAUGAGUAUUCUUUUCAAUAUGCCUUGGACUACUGCCCAUUUUCAAUAUCUACUUCUGAAUCCCUCAACUCAAAUAAAACAAUCCUAAAAGAAAUUUGGAAUUCCUUUAUUUUCCAAUGAAAUCCCCGCAGCCAUGCUCCAGAAUGCUCAGUUGACAAGCUUGAUAUAAAAGACGAAUGCGAAAGAUUUAACGGAGUCACAGUGCUAGAAGCAAUAGCGGCUAAUGGAGGGCUAAAAAUAUUAAUGCCAUUAAUAAAAGAAGGCUUUGAGGCAGGAAUGGACAAUUCAGCAAUUUUAUUGAUAAAUAUUAUAGGAGAAAUCUGCCAGGCACAGUCAUUGGAAAGUAUUAUAAGCAGUGAAUUUUUUGAUUUAUUAGGCCUUAUUUUGGAAGAAUCGGUAAGAGAGCCUAGCGUGGACUACUUAGAGGCAGCUAAAAAUAUCAUAGCAAAGCUCAGCUGAAAUGAAGAAUACCAAGCCCAGGCUUUUAAAAGCUUGAUUUUUAAUAAAAAAAUAUGGUGGGUUGAUUUAUCCCCUGAUCUUCAAGACAAUUAUUUAGGGACCCUUUCUUUAUAUGUCCAGAAAUACUUUAAAGCCAAUUUUAAUGACUUAUAUUAUAUAUACACCCAUUUGAGCUAUUUUAAAGGAAAAUCAGAAAAAUUUUUGGACUCUUUUAUAGUGAUUUUAGAAAAUAUUUUACCGAGGGAAAUUGACUAUCAAAAUAUUGAAGCUUUGUCAUCAAUUUUAUUUAGGAUUUUAGACCAAAAAAGCAAUGAAAAGCUAUUUUCUUUAUUUUUAGAUUUUUAUAAUAAGCAUUUGAAAAUUCCUAGAGAGCCUGCUAUAGAAAUCAGCAUAAUGAUACUGCAUUUAAUGUGUGGGGAGCCUGUAUCUGAAUUUGUCUCAAAUAUUGAGACUAUUUUGGCCCAAUCUCUUCCUGAUAGUUUAAUACCUACAAGUGUAGGAGAAGCUCCUAAUGCUAAAGGAGAAUAGAAUGAUGACGUUGACGGAAGAUGGACUCCGAGACACACUCCCUAUGGAACAGGAUCAAUCUCGAUGAAGCUAAAAAUAGUGCCGAUGCCUAUUUUAAAGAAGCCUUCGGGGUUGGGGAUGCCUGCUGAAUAGGAAGUUUGCCUUUCCCUAAGGUUUUCCCUGUUCCUCCUGCCAGAUGGGCUAGACAGGUCUUACCUCCCACUUAGUCUUUGCUUAUUAUAAUAGCAAGCAAGAGGUCACUCUAACCUAGGGAGCUAAUCCUUAGGUUAGAUGGGUUUACGCCAGAUAAGCAGCUAGUGGUCUAUCUGCUUAUAGCCUUAUAAUACUCAAUUUAAUGCCCAAGGAAUGGCUUUUCUUGAUUACAUAUCAAAAAAAGACCAAGAGCUAAACGACCAAAAAUUAGAAGAGCAAAAUAAAGAAAAAUUUAAAAUUCUGCUGCGGAACCGCUAUGAGCAAUUUUUAAAAUAUCACAAAAAGACUAACAACGUUUUACAAGGCAGCUAUUUCGGAAAAAUCAAACUACGCGCAGUUUUAGACAAAUCUGGGAGGAUGCCUUUUACUGAGCACAGCUUAAAGCAUGAUCAAUCUCAACAAAGAGACUCUUCAUUAAUGAUCCCUCGCCCUUCCCAAGACCUCGGCAGACUUUCUCUAAUUACUUCAGGCCCAGAAGAAUCCACCCCCAGAAACCGUUGCAAUUCUGUCUUUGAUAACGAAACUGAAAUUUCUGACGAAAACCCCAUCAACACCUUAGAGCCUACACAAACAGUCAAACUUGAAUGUGAAAGAAUAAAAAUCAGCGAAAGCAUCUACGGGUCCCUCGAAAUUUCUCAAAAUUAUUUAUUAUAUAUAAGUGAAGGCAAAAAAAAACCGACCUCUGACGACUAUUUUGGAAGCGCUUUAUUGUUCACACAAGUUCAAAGAGAAUGCAAAAAAAUAUGGGAAACUGAAGAAAUUUCUGAAGUUUUUGUAAGGCGGUUUAUUCACCAACAUAGGGCUAUUGAGAUAUUUUUAGAGAGUGGGAAAUCAGUGUAUUUUAAUUUUUUUAAAAAAGAGGACUGUGAUUUGGCUAUUUCCACGAUGAAAAGUUGGAUAAAGCAAGGUGUGGUUAUUAUUGAUGAAAACCAGAGGCAGAAAAAGCUGAAGGAAUACACAAAACAAUGGAAGUUUGGGAAGCUCACCAAUAUGGAGUAUUUAUUGGUUUUGAAUAAAUUCGCAAGUCGGUCUUUUAAUGAUAUGAGCCAAUAUCCUAUAUUUCCUUGGGUACUCAAUAAUUACUCCUCAAAAACGCUGAAUUUUGAAGACGAAAGCAUGUAUAGAGAUUUUACUUAUCCAAUAGGUGCCCAAACUGAAGCGAAUAGAAUCGAAGUCAAUAAAAAAUACAAUAUGUGGAAAGACGAAGACGUCAAGCCUUUCCAUUAUGGCUCUCAUUAUUCCUGUGGAGGGGUUGUGCUGCAUUAUUUAGUCAGGCUUUAUCCAUUUACCUUGCAAGCUCAAAAUUUGCAGGGAGGAAAAUUUGAUAUCCCUGAUAGGCUAUUUUACUCAAUACAAGCAGCCUGGGAGUCAGGCCAAGGCACCAGUGGGGAUAUAAAAGAACUGGUCCCUGAGCUUUUUUAUUUACCUGAAGUAUUCAUCAAUAAAAAUAAAGAAAAUUUUGGCAUAAGACAAGGACCUGAAGCAGUCCCUGUCAAUGAUGUAGAGCUGCCUGCGUGGGCUAAAAAUCCAUUAGAUUUCAUUAGAAAGCACCAGCUUGCUUUAGAGUCUUCUUAUGUCAGUAAAAACUUGCCUAAUUGGAUUGAUUUAAUUUUUGGUGAGAAACAAAAAGGCCCAAAAGCUGUGGCAGCCUAUAAUACAUUUUGCUCAAUUACUUAUGAAGAAACUUUACAAAAGUUAUUAGAAAGAAAAUCUGAAGAAGAUAUAUAUCUUUUUAAUAUAGAAAAAUAAAUUUUUAAUAGCUAAAUAUUUAUAAUAAAAAUUAUUUGUAUAAGGCAUAGGAUAUUUACAAGGAAUUGUUGAGCAGGUAGUCCACUUUGGCCAAGUCCCAAUCCAGCUGUUUGGUAGCCCACAUCCACAAAAAGACGAAAAAUCAAAAUCUUUGAGCAUUUUUGAUAAAACAAAGAUAAAUGGCUGGGAAGGCAGCGAGGUAAGAGGAAUCGAGCUUAAAGGGACGAUUCAUGCGACUUUCUGCACUACAGACUCUUUAAUUGCUAUAAAAGGCUUUGGAAAUCGUCUUGGCUUUGUGAAGCUAAAAAUGAGAAAAGAUCCAGAAGACUUAAAAAUUGAUUUUAACAGUUAUAAAGACGUAGUGUUAGAAGGGACUUCAAAUUUGCAGCUUUCUAACUGGGAAGAAGGUGCCCAGUGGAAAUAUACAUUUUCAGCAGCAUUAGAAACCAAAGUGAUCCUUGAAAAAGGCCCUCAACAGUACUGUUUAUGGAAUGAUGAGUUUAUUGUAUCAGGAUUUCACAUAGACAAAAGCUCCAUUGGAUAAUUAAUUAUGGUAGUUUUUUUCACUUUUUUAUAUGAAAAAAUUACAAUCAUUAUUUUAUAGGAAAAUAUUAUCCUCAAGAUAUUAUAAUUAUCCCAUAGACAACUCCUUCAAAAUACACAACCUCAAAGGGAAAAUUGUCCUUUCCGUUCACCAUCACGCUGGACUUGUCACUUGUGUAGCUUCCUCUACAUCAUUGAUUUUCUCAGGCUCAUUAGACACUUCAAUAGUAUCCUGGAGCUCCUUAGACCAACGAAACGACAAAAUAAAGCCAUAUAAUAUAUACUUAGGCCACACAGAAGCAAUUAGACAACUUGCGACCUCAAAUAACUACCAAAUCCUCAUUUCCUUAUCAAAUAACGGCACAAUCUUAAUCCACGAUACCCGCUCUGCCGAAUGCUUUAGAAAACUGACAGAAGCCAGUGAAAAUCCAUGUAAAUUUAUAUCAUUCAGCAACUUUGGAAUUCUUGCCUGCUAUUUUCCUAAUGAUAUGAUAAAUUUCUACACAGUGAAUGGAGAAGAAAUGAUAAAGCCAAUAAAAACUGACAAACAAAUAUUUUGUGGUGCAUGAUUUCUGGAUUUUUUAUAUGGGAAUUUGCUAGCAUUUUUUGAUUUUCGCAAGUAAUUUUUCUUUAAUUGACACUGAGUAUGUAAAUUAGUUAAAAAGUGCAGAAAAAUAAAAAUUUGCCAUAUUUUGUAUGCAGUUUAUUAAAUCUUAAUUUAUUAAAAGACAGAAUCUCGCCUUAAUUUUAUGUAAUCGCCGAGGAUCUCUGAUGCGAGAGCUUCGUCAAGGGAUGGCAUUGCAUCUUCCUUGCCUUCGGCUUCUGAGUUGAGUGGGCAUCUUCGGAUUGUUUGUCCUUGCUUGAGACUGUUGGGUGGGGAACCCAUUAAAAAUCCCAAAAAUUGGAAUUUCUGGUCUCUUAGGCAAAAGGGAAAACACGUAGCCUAGGGCGUAACUCCUAGUUUCGCACUAGUGAACUGCCCGAUUGGUCUAGGCAUUGCGCUUAUAUACUGCUGUGGGGCCCCUUCCCUUUGAGGUAAAAUCCAUUCUUGAAAGAGGACUUGGGCUAAGCUCUGAAACAUCAAAAUUGUUUGCCUAACAUUUCUGUUCAUUUCUAAAAUAGCAAAACUUUGCUGAAUAUAAUUAAAUAUGUGCUCGAAGGAGCCGACUGCGAAGUGCUAAAACUCCAUAUUUAAUUAUGCAGUUUAGCAAGUCAGGUGAUGAACUCUUGGUAGGUGGAAAUGAUUUUAUGGGGUAUUACGAUAUAUAUAAAGAAAGCGAAGAGGAUGAAGAUAAUAGUAAAGGUGUUUUUAGGGUUAUGGCUGUACCUGUGGUGUCAGCAAGCUAUCCAAAAGAUCAAGAUUUUAUUGUGUGUGGGCAAAAUUCAGAGGAAAAAUCAAAUAUUAUGGCGAUUGAAAUUUAUGCAAAAGAAGUAAGGAAAAAAGGAGUUGUUGGGUUCGCGUCGUCUUUAGUUUAA